AUGAUGGAUCAUCUCUGCGCGCGCUGUGCGCGUCAGGCUCUUCGGGGUCCACAGUUCCCAUCGACCAGCAUCGGCACAGUGCUCGCACGGCCAUUCUCGCAAACAUCCCUGAGAUUUGCAGGACCGACCAGCUCUUCCAAGAGCGCCCCUGACAGUUCUUCUUCCGGGUCACAAAACGAAGAGUCCCCGUCCAAAGCAGUGCAACCUCAAGCCUCACGGGGUCCUCAGGUCCUAAGCCGCACCAGGCCAGGACGAGAAUCAUAUUCAGGUCCAGCAUUCCGCAAAGUAUACGACCCGUCAUCCGCUCCGUCUGUAAUCCGCAAGCCCAGCGGCUCUGGAAGUGCAGGAGCUCCUCCAGGUGCCACUGUCCUACGCCGAAGCGGCCCACCCCGUCAGACCCCAGGUCAAAAUACACCGCGCGGGCCCCGACCCAACACGGCUGCGCGGGGCGCUCGCCCUCCCCGCCGCGACGCCAAACCCGCCAAGCGGCCUUCCUUCCGCGACACCCUCCCUGAGAACGAGGACGCCAUCGCAAGCCCAGAAGACGAAGCCACAGAAGCCUACUUCAAUACCUUGGAGGAAGCCGAGGAGAACGAGGGCCUGCCCACCACCGCCCUCCCCUACAGUCCCGCCGAGCAGAGCGCCGCGUUCCUGCGCCCCGACUGGCCCGACACGCCCCUCUCCUCCGCGGGCCUCAGCGAGGGCGUCGUGCAAAAACUGCGCUUCUUGGCGCGCGACCUGCCGCACGGCUACUGGACUCCGAAGCAGAUCGCGGAACGCUUCCUUAGUGGUGGGCUCGUGCGCUUCGAGGACCAGGCGCACAAGGAGCAGGUCCUGGGCUGGGCGGAGCAGAUGGAGCGGGAGAAGUACGGGAGCGAGGCACGCGUCUCGGAGUUUUCGGCCGUCGCAGACAAGGAGGCUGAUCGGAAGGGGCUGGUCGAUCAGAUGGCGAGAGGCGUGUAUCCGGAGCUGGAGAAGGGCCAGCGGCCCCUGCUGGCCGGUAUACACCGACAGUUGAGGAACAAUGAGACUUAUGGGGGCGCCGACACGGCAGCGUUUGUAGGACGCAUUGAGACGCUGAUUGGGGGAGUUCAAAGAGCAGCGCAGCAGCAGCAAAAACAGGCGACGGCGGAGAAAUAG